AUGCUGCCAGUUGGGAAGCUCAUCGGUGAUUCUCCGGGCUCCGUGAACUUCGUCCUCUCUAAAGAAGGCAGUUCUGACGUCUCUCUGGUGGACGAGGCCAACGUCUGGCUCUUCCUCCGCCUCGCCAAAACCAACCGCAGCCGAGCGAAGGUCUCCAUCCGCCUCUUCCAGCAGCGAGACAACGGCCAGAACGACGUCCUGCUGGCGGAGAAAAACGUGGACACUCGACGCAGCGGCUGGCACACUUUCUCCGUCUCCUCUGCGGUUUCAGUGUUGCUUAAAAGCGACGGUGAAUCAACGCUAAAUCUCCGAGUGUCCUGCCCUCUGUGUCCGGAAGUCGGUGCCAAUUUAGUCCUCGUUUCGGGUCGAUCAAACCAACGAGAACAAUCCCAUCGCCCCUUCCUGAUGGCCGUAAUUCGCCCGGAGGAUAACCUGGAAUCGAGGCGACGAAAGAAACGAGGGCUCGAAUGCGACGGGAAAGUGCGAGUUUGCUGCAAAAGGCAGUUUCACGUGAACUUCAAAGACAUCGGAUGGAACGAUUGGAUCAUCGCGCCGCAAGUUUACACGGCAAACUACUGCGAGGGAGAUUGUCCGAUUCACGUAGCGAGCAUCACUGGAUCCUCGUUAUCUUUCCACUCCACCGUCAUCAGCCACUACCGGAUGAGAGGCUACAGCCCGUUCCAGAACCUCAGGUCCUGCUGCGUGCCCACGCGCUUACGAGCCAUGUCCAUGCUCUACUACAACGAGGAGCAGAGGAUCAUCAAGAAGGACAUCCAGAACAUGGUGGUGGAGGAGUGCGGCUGCUCGUAGACUUUUCAAAAACUAAAAAAUAAGUUUUCUGGAGGAUCCGGACCCCGAACGAGGGGUCUGGGGAUUUUUGUUUUGUUUUUGAAAACCCAGUUUAGAUUUAAAAACCUUCUUCUGAGCGACUGCGUUAUGGAUGUAUAAAGACUUUGUUUUUUUAGGCCAAUCAGAAGCCAGUAUUCAUUUUUUAACCAAUCAGAUUCAGAUUAAAUUGUAUUUUUUGGUGCAUUUUUUAUUUAAGUUUGGAAUUCCUGGUGCUAAAAACUAAAACAAACUAAAUCUAAAAAUUAUAUAAAACAUUUAAAUGAUCAGGGCGGGUUAUUGGCAGAAAAGUCAGAUAUUUCGUCUUCAAAAUAAGUGGAAUGAGUACUUUUGGUGCAUUUUUUUAUUACGUUCCUUUGCAUAAUGCACACAUUAAAGGAUACCAGAUUUAAUAUUAAAGAAAGCGCUAUUUUACGCUAUUUACUUUGGAGAUGCUGUACGUGGUUACAUCUAAACUGGGUUGGAAAGACUUCGGACGCUUGAGACGCUUUUUGGGAUUAAAACUCUCCGUCCAUCAGAACUCAGAAAGAAAGCGUCUCCACGGCACUUUCGGAAAAGAAAAAAAAAAAAGAAAAAAAAGAAGAAUAUCUAAUAUAUUUUUGCUACAAAAGGAGGAGGAGCUUAUUUAUGUGGCUGAGACGUUCAAGCACCGCUCCACCUGUCGGAUCUUUGAGAGACGAGGUGCCUGAAAAACUACUAACAAAAAAAAAAUCUCAAAACUAUGCAACUUGUUUCACGUAUUACUUAUUUUACUUUGUUUACUUUCUGUCAAAAAAGGAAAGCAGAAGAAGAUUCUUUUUGUAUUGU